GACAGCUCUCCUCCGAAGGAGGAGUUUGACGUUUAUUUGCGAAAGUAAACACAUUGUGAGAAAUGCUUCGAAUAUACCGAUCGAUCGCCGGUCAACGCAUUCUGACUGGAUUUUCUAGUAGAAAAUGUUCAACAGCCCCAUACAAUAUAGAUGAAACGGAACCAGAGACGAAUUUCGUUAAAUUGAUUGGAUCCGCCUGGAGUGACACGGUAGACUUGUUGAAUGGUGAUAAAUCUUGCAAAGUGGUUCAAAGAUGCCAACACGAAAGUGGCCAACAAUUUUCAAUUAGUCACAUGGUGACAUUUCCCAAGAGAUUGCUUGAAACGACCGGCAUCACAGGCUUAGAACGAGGUCAAAAAUUUAAUAUCAAUGGUUAUGUUCGAUCAAUACCAUUCAAAACGUCUCACGGUAAAAUGAGACGAGCCAUUUCGAUUAUGCCACACAGUAUCGAAUUGUACAACGAUGAAGCGGAGUCUGUGCAGGAUAUGUGCAUUGUAAUGUUAACCGCUCAUAUAGAGUCACCGAUUUGGCAUCAGGAAAAUUUAACCAUGUUCAGCCUACGAACACAUGUUCCAGUUAGAGACGCUGAUAUUGGAUUCACUGGACAAAUGGUUCAACACUCGCACACUGUUAUUGUUUACGAUCGUAAUGUGCAAAAUUACAUACGCCGUCAUUUGGCACGGUACGAUGGAUUAUUUAUCGAAGGAUAUCUAAACUACCAAAAGUGCGAAACAGAUGACGGUAGCACUCGUAUGUCUGGAAAUAUUGUAGCUGUUCACAUAGAAAAGACAUGAUAAAUAUAAUAAAAUGAUUCACACUUUAAA